AUGAUUUGCUUGGUGCUCACCAUCUUCGCCAACUUGUUCCCGGCGGGCCGCGCCGGCGUCCAGGAGCGCACCUUCCUGGCCGUGAAGCCCGACGGCGUGCAGCGGCGGCUCGUGGGCGAGAUCGUGCAGCGCUUCGAGAGGAAGGGCUUCCAGCUGGUGGCCCUGAAGCUGGUGCAGGCCUCGGAGGAGCUGCUGCGCGAGCACUACGCGGAGCUCCGGGAGCGCCCCUUCUUCGGCCGCCUGGUCCGGUACAUGGGCUCGGGGCCCGUGGUGGCCAUGGUGUGGCAGGGGCUGGACGUCGUGCGCGUCUCACGGGCGCUGAUUGGGGCCACGGAUCCAGCAGAUGCCCCACCCGGCACCAUCCGAGGAGAUUUCUGCAUCGAAGUUGGCAAAAACGUGAUUCAUGGCAGCGACUCCGUGGAGAGUGCCCGCCGAGAGAUCGCGCUCUGGUUCAGCCCCAAAGAGCUGCUCUGCUGGGAGGACAGCGCCGCGCACUGGCUGUAUGAGUAG